CAUCAAAUAUGGGAGAACUGAAAAGGUAGGUAGUAAUAGUAACUAGUGUUGUGUUGUGGUACUUUGUUUAAAUAGAACAAGAUAAUCCAUUUUCUUGUUGUGUUGUGGAUAGAUACUUGUGUUGUUGUUGUUCUAGUAGUUCUUGAUUGGAUUGAGUAUUAUCAUUCAUCAAAAAUCAAAAUCAAUGGCAUCAUCGAAUGUUGAAGAAUCUGCUGGUAACAAACCAGCAAAAAGAAAACCCGUUUUCACAAAAGUGGAUCAGAUGAAACCAGGAACAAACGGUCACACUUUGAUUGCUAAGGUUUUAUCCUCAGAAACUGUCUUACAAAAAGGUGGAACAAGACCAUCUUCCUCUUCUCUUAACAACAUUCUUCGUCCUACUGUUAUCUCUGAGUGUCUCAUCGGUGAUGAAACUGGUACCAUCAUUUUCACCGCUCGUAAUGAACAAGUUGAUUUGAUGAAGGCUGGAAAUACUGUAAUCAUUCGCAAUGCAAAGAUUGACAUGUUUAAGGGAUCAAUGAGGCUGGCUGUUGACAAAUGGGGGCGCAUUGAGGUCACUGAUCCUGCAGAAUUCACUGUUAAAGAGGAUAACAACCUCUCUCUCAUUGAAUAUGAAUUGGUGAACGCGGUUGAAGAAUAAUUCAUAGUUAAAGACGACAACAAUCUAUCUCUCUUGUUUGCGAUGCAGAGUGGAUGCUGCUUUGGUAAAACUUAACUGGCGUAUACAUUUUCACUUUCAUUAGCCUGGAUUUUGCUUUUAAUUAACAUGCUUGACUUCAUUUUAGGAUUAAGUUUAUGUCACUUGAACAAUGUUAAGUGGUCAGUAUUUGCUACUAUUAUCUAAGUGUAUCCAGUGAACUUGAGAAAAAUAUUAUAGUUUUAAUAUAACUAUCAAUAUGUUUCUUCAAA